AUGGAUGAAUUAGAUAAAAAGAAAAAAGAAACACUUGAGAAAUGCUAUCUUUAAGUUAACUAAACAUUUGGUUAAAUUUUCUCUGAUUUAUUACCUGGAGCAGCUGCCAGAAUCUAACCUUUGGAAGGUUAGGAUGUUUCUGAAGGUUUAGAAAUAGGGGUUGCAUUUAAUGGCGUUUGGAAAAACUCCUUAAGUGAACUUUCAGGAG